ACUACCACCGAACACAGGCAAGCCAUUGGCAGGCUGUGGAAAUGGAUGCGAGGAGAGGCCUUCCUUCGUUCGUGUCGGCGCAUGAAGAGGAAGACGGCAGGGAGAAUAUAGUCUGAUAUCACUCAGAAUGAUAGAAGAUGCAGAGGAAAAGGGUCUUCUAACUCCAGGUGUUAGUACAUUAUUGGCGGCUACAGGUGGAAAUCUUGGAAUUGGUUUGGCAUACAUAGCUAUUAGAAAAGGUUACAAAUUCAUUGCAGUGAUGCCAACCGAAUACUCAUUGGAGAAACAAAUUCUAUUGAGAUAUUGGGGAGCUGAAGUGUCACCGGCUGAUUCUAAAUUAGGCUUUCAGGGAAUGAAUGAUCGUGUGAACAAACUAAAGGAAAGCAUUCCAGAUGUCUAUGAAAUUGAUCAGGUUACAAACCUGGCAAAUCCUGAAGCUCACUUCAGGGGCACUGGACCUGAAAUAUGGAAAGAUACAGCAGGCAAGGUAGAUAUUUUUGUAGCAGCUGCAGGCUCAGGAGGCACCAUAACUGGUACGGCAAGGCAUCUCAAGAUGAAAACCCAAAUCGUGUAAUAAUGCUUAAUAAGUCUCGAAUGAUAAUGU